UUUGCAAUUCAACUACCUAGGCAAGGGCUGCGAUGCAUUUGCAGCCAACCACAACUUCCCGGCCGAUGCACAUUAGUGCCCUAGAGACAACGGCUGUAUGUAAGAGCCAGCAGGCACGCCAAUGCCCACAAACCGCCCACAAGCGGGAGAGGGUCUCGGCAGGAGAGACCUCGAGCGGACUUGUUUAAGAAAGGCGGGAAUAUAGGAGAACGCUGGUCUUGAAAAGCUUCAGAAUGGGCGUCAGAAAGACAGAACAAAAAUGUAAUUGGUAUAAUUAUAUGGACGUUAGAUAAAGAGAGUGUACAUUGGGUUAGUGCAGGUGUUAAGUUAGGAUUAUGUGGUUUGUUCACAUAAUUCGUAGAUUACCUUAGUACUUUUAACCUUUCAUUGGAGGAACCAACGAUGGAGAAAGCAACGCAACCCCAGACGAUGGCCAAGAGCGCAGAUACUCCUGCGGAGGACCUCUCGAAGAUUAGCGACGAGGAUCUGUUAAAGUGGAGCAAAGAUGAGCUGGUGCGGCGUCUACGUAGGGCAGAAGCGGAGAAGAUGGGCGUUAUGCUUGACCACGGGAAUUUAAUCCGGGAGGUGAACCGGCGACUCCAGCAGCACCUGACCGAGAUCCGCGGAUUGAAGGACAUUAACCAGAAGCUGCAGGAGGACAACCAGGAGCUUCGGGAUUUAUGCUGUUUUCUUGAUGACGAUCGUCAAAAAGGCAAGCGUGUCUCCCGGGAGUGGCAGCGCCUUGGCCGCUACAGUGCAGGUCUCAUGAGGAAAGAGGUGUCCCUCUACUUGCAGAAACUCAAGGAGCUUGAGCAGCGACAGGGAGAGGUCAUCAGAGAGAACCUUGAUCUUAAAGAGCUGUGUAUCCUCCUGGAUGAGGAGAAAAGGGGAGGAGCAGGACUGGGUGUGGGUUGCAGAAGCUCCAUUGACAGCCAGAGUAGUCAAUCACAGACCGGGGGGGCAUCAACAGGGUUGCUCCGAGAUGUGGGGGACGGUAGCAGCACCUCCAGUGCGGGGAGCACAGACAGCCCUGACCACCCCCAUCACAAGCCCCCUCUGCAGGGCUCCAACCAUGACAAACCAGAGGUUCCUGAGUCUACAGGUCGCCGCCACAGCUCCACACUUGACUACCACACCUUCCCCCAGGCAUGCAGGCCUCGUGGUGGGUCCCUCACCAGCCCUGACCCCAGGGGCCUCCGGGGCCCCACCAGCCCUGAAAAACACAGCAAAUUCCCUCCAAGACUGGCGACUGAGGCCCAGUCAAAAUCCAGCAGUGCUGACAUGCUGGUCCAGAAACAGCUCCUAGGGACUGGGCCAGGACAAAGUACAAACCAGGAUCAGUCAAGCCCGGACCAGAGGCGCAGGGGUAGUACAGCCGGGAUUGGGGCUGGAUGUGGGAGCCCCGAGCCCAAAGCGGGGACGCCAGAACACCUGAGGAAGGGUCGGGUGAUAGUAGGGAGCCCUGAGGUUUUAAGGCACCACAGCCACUACCACAGCCCCAGCCCAGAGCAAGGGAAGGCGAGGAACGGCAGCUCCCCAGCAGGCAAGGAGGGGGGACAAAGGAGAACCACUGGAGACGAGCUGUCACCUCACCAUCGCAGCAUAUACAAUGGUAUGAACGCUCUCAUAUCUGCUGGCUGCUGCACCAACACCUGCAGGAGUGUUAAGCUUUGGGACAGCUUUGACGCCUCUUGACCCCCACAAGCCUCCAUCAUACAUGCUGCUCUGGUUGGAGCCCUACAUCUGGGAUAGGAGAAAGAGUUGCCGUAAAGAACGAUCCAAACAAGAGAAAAAGAAAGAAAGAAAGACUCUCAAGAAGAGAAAACAUAAUAGUUUUGGAGCAGGGGUGGGCAGACAAAGGCCUGAGGUACCUUUCAGAUCUGGGGAAAUGUUUGAGUAAAAAUGAUUAUUUCCACAAGCACAAUCAAUAUUGACAUUCUACAUGAAGGAUUCCACCUGGGGUGUUCUUCAAAUCCAAAAACACAGAUCAGUUAUUGUCACAAGGUAAGGUGUGGAACGGAAUGGAAAACAGAGGUGUCCAUCUUUUUGGUCACCUCACAGUCACAAAUAACUGUCGCCCUGUCAAAUAACUCGUCCAGAAAUGGAUUUUGACAAAGACAUUGGUCCUCUGUUGAAUUUAUAAAUCCUGAUGUGGCUCUCGGGCCAAAAGGUUUGCCUGCCCUUGUUUCAGGCGCAAAGCCAAACACUGAUUGCCAAAUUAAUAUUGUUGUCAGUGAGAUCUCUGUUCCCUACCUCCUAUGAUACAGAAAAGAACCAGACGUCCAGGCCAUAUGCUCUUUCCAUGCUCUCCAUGCUGUUAUACAGUACUCUUUACAGCUUUGUGUGAUGUUCCAACCAGUGUUAGAGUACAGUGCAUAAACCUUGUGUGAAAGUUCAACUAAGAGGAUUUCAUGAUACUGGCCCCGUACUAUACUUUUAGUAAAAUAUAGAUGUCAAAACCCCGGCUGAUAUGACAAUGGUUAUAUGGUUGUGGUGAAAACAUAUCAAAGUUCUAUCCUCAAUACAUGUGGUUUGUUCAGCCACACACUCACACAUACGAUGAUUAAAGGUGUACUGUAUAACCACUCCUUCCUGUGACUUUUUACAUUUUUGGUGACAAAACUAAGAUAAACAAUAUAACUUUAUGUUUUUAAUAAAGUCAAGAGUAGUGUUUAUCUGCUUAGUUUUCUAUAAUAUAUAUAUAUAUAUAAAACAAUGACAGUUAUUAUUUUUG